AUGCCUUUGCAACUCAAUGAUAUUUCUGCGGGUCUUUCACAUGCCUCAGUUCACUCGUACUCUGCUAUUCAGGGCGAUCUUACUGGGGUGGAGUUUGCUCAAGAUUACGUUGCUUCAACGCUGAGUCUCACCCUUACGCCAGGCAUUGACGGGAAGACCACCGUACUCCGAGCUCAAGCGAGCGCACAAGUUGUGGUCACAAUUUCUCUCGGGACAAAACCGUCGCGUCCUAAGUUUCACGCGAUCAUUGGUCGCCAUUGGAGUUUUAUUCUGAAUUGCUGGUCCAUCAAGACCGUCCUCUCAGCAAUUCUACCUCUUACGGGCGAGCAAAUUCUAAGGAGUGAACAGUCUGGUCCCCAAAAUGUCGACCCGAUCGUGUGGCCACGCGCUGCAUCAUCAGUAGAAAUUUUCUGGAGUGGGAAGCAGUCCACUGGCGCUGCACUCAACGUCACCGAGGCGCUUCCUCUCCUCGUUUGCAUAUGGUAUAACGUGGCAUCAAUGCCAUCCCACUCCAGCCGCGGUGUGAUGCAUCAAGCUUUACUUGUUCCUGAAGUCCUCCUGGAGAUAUUCGCCUAUGUGAAUAUAAUGCCAUCUACUGAAACAACAUCGACCCGGGAAUUGCUUGCAGCGCUUGCAAGGACAUGCAAAAUCUUCUACGAGCCUGCGAUGGAUUUACUGUGGACUGAAAUCGACGGGUUAGAACCACUGCUAGGCUGUGUAGCGAGGUUACAUCCACUGAUAUAUCAUAGCGGUACAACGUGGGACGAACCCUGGGCGAAAGGUGUCGAGCCAUUAUCUGCCCAUGAGGCCCGUGAAUUUCUGCGUCACUCCUCCCGUAUACGCACAUUGGACAUACAAUCUGAUCAUCCGCACCUUCUCUCUGUCAUCCCCGCCGAGGCAUGCAUAUUUCCGGGGCUGAAAUCAUUAAGUCUUACCACCGUAUAUUUGAACCUCUUUCUGCCUCACAUGCUGCACCGAUGUCAUCUAUUGAGCGUCGACGAGGAUCUGCAAUCUUUUGUGACACGUUGCAUUGCUCUGGAGCAUUUAUGCAUCCACACUCCCGAAUGGCGCCACGUUGACACCACAGCAAAUGAGAUGUCCCUGCUAUCCGAUAGGAUUCAUUGGUGCACACGGCUUGUAACUAUUUCUUGUCCAAUGCUCGACUGGGCAACAUGGAAGCAUCUCUCCCACCUCCCUACCCUUCUCAAUUUGGAAAUUAGACAAGGGUGUAAUGACCCUCCUUCGCUGUCAAACCGAGAUAUCGUGAAUUUAUCAUUCCUUAACAUCACAAGCCUUUCCUUUCAAGAGCUCUAUGAUACUGCAGAUAUCAUCACAGUCAUGCAACACUCGCAAUUUCCCUCGCUGAAAGAGUUCGAGUUUGAAGCCAAAUAUAUCUCUUCAGAAGAAGCCGAGCAACUCUUUCAUGCUCUGUCCCACUGCAAAGCGUGUCGGACUCUAGAAGAAGUCACCAUUUGUUCUCUUAAUGAGGGACACCUUGUACCCCCAAACAGCGAGCCUUUGACACCAAUUCCGCAUUUCCUUUGCUUUACCCAGCUCCGAACCCUGGAGCUCACAUUUUAUAAUUCCUGCAUCCACCUGGACAAUGCCAUGCUCUUGCAAGCCAUGUCUACUUGGCCGCACAUCCGCACUCUGGAAAUCGAUCACACAGGUGGCUAUUUUUCUUCUUCCGAAGUCUCCCUCGGUGGAUUAUUCACAGCGCUCGGUCUAUGUCCAGAAUUGCAUAGACUACGAGUUCCAAUCAAUCUUGCAACUAUCGACAUCGAUCCUGAUGCCGAGCCAAUACAACAUACCUCCCUACGGUCAUUGGCUUUGGACUUGUCCGGGUCUCAAAUAGCAGAUGCUAAAACUAUCGCUCGCAUUAUUUCCGCCUGGCUCCCUUGUGUCGACCAAGUUCAAAACCUAUAUGGUUUGAGCUGGGUUGAAGUCAACAGGUAUCUUAGAUCUUUGAGAACGGCUACUGUGCCGGAUGUUGUGGGAGCCUCCUAG